UAAUGUGGUUUCAGCCUCCAAUGUCCGAGGUUGAGUUUGAAGCUUGGCUGAAGGAUCAUAAGAAGAAGUCUGAAGAUGGUUUGAAUAUACCUGAUGUCGACGUGGACAUAAAAUACACAGAUAACAUCACGCCUCCAAUAUCCCAGUACCAGUUGUGGCUAUGGAUGAGACAUCAGAAAUUGGGAACUUUGGGAAGUUUGCAAUUGCCCGAUGUAGACUUAAAAGAACUGGAGAAAUUAAAGCCUCCAAUGUCCGAGGUUGAGUUUGAAGCUUGGCUGAAGAUCAUAAGAAGAAGUCUGAAGAUGGGUAGGAAACAUUUUUAUGGAACUGUGGCCAGAUUUUUGAAUAUACCUGAUGUCGACGUGGACAUAAAAUACACAGAUAACAUCACGCCUCCAAUAUCCCAGUACCAGUUGUGGCUAUGGAUGAGACAUCAGAAAUUGGGAACUUUGGGAAGUUUGCAAUUGCCCGAUGUAGACUUAAAAGAACUGGAGAAAUUAAAGCCUCCAAUGUCCGAGGUUGAGUUUGAAGCUUGGCUGAAGGAUCAUAAGAAGAAGUCUGAAGAUGGUUUGAAUAUACCUGAUGUCGACGUGGACAUAAAAUACACAGAUAACAUCACGCCUCCAAUAUCCCAGUACCAGUUGUGGCUAUGGAUGAGACAUCAGAAAUUGGGAACUUUGGGAAGUUUGCAAUUGCCCGAUGUAGACUUAAAAGAACUGGAGAAAUUAAAGCCUCCAAUGUCCGAGGUUGAGUUUGAAGCUUGGCUGAAGGAUCAUAAGAAGAAGUCUGAAGAUGGUUUGAAUAUACCUGAUGUCGACGUGGACAUAAAAUACACAGAUAACAUCACGCCUCCAAUAUCCCAGUACCAGUUGUGGCUAUGGAUGAGACAUCAGAAAUUGGGAACUUUGGGAAGUUUGCAAUUGCCCGAUGUAGACUUAAAAGAACUGGAGAAAUUAAAGCCUCCAAUGUCCGAGGUUGAGUUUGAAGCUUGGCUGAAGGAUCAUAAGAAGAAGUCUGAAGAUGGUUUGAAUAUACCUGAUGUCGACGUGGACAUAAAAUACACAGAUAACAUCACGCCUCCAAUAUCCCAGUACCAGUUGUGGCUAUGGAUGAGACAUCAGAAAUUGGGAACUUUGGGAAGUUUGCAAUUGCCCGAUGUAGACUUAAAAGAACUGGAGAAAUUAAAGCCUCCAAUGUCCGAGGUUGAGUUUGAAGCUUGGCUGAAGGAUCAUAAGAAGAAGUCUGAAGAUGGUUUGAAUAUACCUGAUGUCGACGUGGACAUAAAAUACACAGAUAACAUCACGCCUCCAAUAUCCCAGUACCAGUUGUGGCUAUGGAUGAGACAUCAGAAAUUGGGAACUUUGGGAAGUUUGCAAUUGCCCGAUGUAGACUUAAAAGAACUGGAGAAAUUAAAGCCUCCAAUGUCCGAGGUUGAGUUUGAAGCUUGGCUGAAGGAUCAUAAGAAGAAGUCUGAAGAUGGUUUGAAUAUACCUGAUGUCGACGUGGACAUAAAAUACACAGAUAACAUCACGCCUCCAAUAUCCCAGUACCAGUUGUGGCUAUGGAUGAGACAUCAGAAAUUGGGAACUUUGGGAAGUUUGCAAUUGCCCGAUGUAGACUUAAAAGAACUGGAGAAAUUAAAGCCUCCAAUGUCCGAGGUUGAGUUUGAAGCUUGGCUGAAGGAUCAUAAGAAGAAGUCUGAAGAUGGUUUGAAUAUACCUGAUGUCGACGUGGACAUAAAAUACACAGAUAACAUCACGCCUCCAAUAUCCCAGUACCAGUUGUGGCUAUGGAUGAGACAUCAGAAAUUGGGAACUUUGGGAAGUUUGCAAUUGCCCGAUGUAGACUUAAAAGAACUGGAGAAAUUAAAGCCUCCAAUGUCCGAGGUUGAGUUUGAAGCUUGGCUGAAGGAUCAUAAGAAGAAGUCUGAAGAUGGUUUGAAUAUACCUGAUGUCGACGUGGACAUAAAAUACACAGAUAACAUCACGCCUCCAAUAUCCCAGUACCAGUUGUGGCUAUGGAUGAGACAUCAGAAAUUGGGAACUUUGGGAAGUUUGCAAUUGCCCGAUGUAGACUUAAAAGAACUGGAGAAAUUAAAGCCUCCAAUGUCCGAGGUUGAGUUUGAAGCUUGGCUGAAGGAUCAUAAGAAGAAGUCUGAAGAUGGUUUGAAUAUACCUGAUGUCGACGUGGACAUAAAAUACACAGAUAACAUCACGCCUCCAAUAUCCCAGUACCAGUUGUGGCUAUGGAUGAGACAUCAGAAAUUGGGAACUUUGGGAAGUUUGCAAUUGCCCGAUGUAGACUUAAAAGAACUGGAGAAAUUAAAGCCUCCAAUGUCCGAGGUUGAGUUUGAAGCUUGGCUGAAGGAUCAUAAGAAGAAGUCUGAAGAUGGUUUGAAUAUACCUGAUGUCGACGUGGACAUAAAAUACACAGAUAACAUCACGCCUCCAAUAUCCCAGUACCAGUUGUGGCUAUGGAUGAGACAUCAGAAAUUGGGAACUUUGGGAAGUUUGCAAUUGCCCGAUGUAGACUUAAAAGAACUGGAGAAAUUAAAGCCUCCAAUGUCCGAGGUUGAGUUUGAAGCUUGGCUGAAGGAUCAUAAGAAGAAGUCUGAAGAUGGUUUGAAUAUACCUGAUGUCGACGUGGACAUAAAAUACACAGAUAACAUCACGCCUCCAAUAUCCCAGUACCAGUUGUGGCUAUGGAUGAGACAUCAGAAAUUGGGAACUUUGGGAAGUUUGCAAUUGCCCGAUGUAGACUUAAAAGAACUGGAGAAAUUAAAGCCUCCAAUGUCCGAGGUUGAGUUUGAAGCUUGGCUGAAGGAUCAUAAGAAGAAGUCUGAAGAUGGUUUGAAUAUACCUGAUGUCGACGUGGACAUAAAAUACACAGAUAACAUCACGCCUCCAAUAUCCCAGUACCAGUUGUGGCUAUGGAUGAGACAUCAGAAAUUGGGAACUUUGGGAAGUUUGCAAUUGCCCGAUGUAGACUUAAAAGAACUGGAGAAAUUAAAGCCUCCAAUGUCCGAGGUUGAGUUUGAAGCUUGGCUGAAGAUCAUAAGAAGAAGUCUGAAGAUGGGUAGGAAACAUUUUUAUAAGCUGUGGCCAGAUUGUAGGGUAGAAGUGAUACAGGCAUGCCUGGUGGACAAUCUUGGGAUUAGGACCACAGGAGUUUGCAACUAG